AUGACCACCGACAGCCUUUCUCUUCAUGGAAAGAUAGCCAUAGUCACCGGCUCUGGUCGAGAAAACGGCAUCGGUGCAGCUAUAGCGAUAACAUUGGCACGACAUGGAGCAGCCGUCACCAUCCACUACGUGAGCGAUUCUGUUACCGAGAGAGCCCAAGCUGUCGCCGAGAGUAUAAGAGCAUAUGGUGGCAAAGCCGCCGUUAUCCAGACCUCGAUCAAUACUCCAGAGGGUGCUCAAUAUCUGGUUGACGAGACAUUGAGAGCGUUUAACACUGACCAUAUCGAUAUCCUUAUUAAUAAUGCAGGAGUUCCACUUUUUGGCGAGACGUUGGUAGUCACUCCCAAACAAUUAGCUGAAGUAUUAGACGUCAAUAUCAAGGGCACCAUAUUCGUCGCCCAAGCCGUUGUACCUCUUAUUGUACCCGAAGGUCGUAUCGUCAAUAUCAGCUCUAUCGCUUCCAAGCUGGGUGACAAUUACAUCCCAGUAUAUGGGGCCUCCAAGGCUGCUCUCGACAGUCUCACUUGGUCCUGGGCUAAGGAGUGGGGUCGCAGCAAGGGCAUCACGGUCAAUGCAGUCGCGCCUGGACCUGUAUUGACUGAUGCGAUCCCUGCAGCCAUAGCUGAUGAAUUCCAACGACCUUCUAUCGAGAUGACGCGAGCUGCUAAUAGGGCUGGGUCUCCGAAGGACAUCGCUGAUGCUGUGCUUCUACUGGUUUCUGAGAAAGCGAGAUGGAUUACGGGGCAGUACAUCUCUGUCAGUGGUGGAGUCACCAACUGA